GCCACGGAGCGAGAGAAAAUGUUAACAGGAGCCUAUAAUUAAUUUUCUUUUGUUUCUGUUCGAGAAAAAAACAAAACAAACUAUUCUACAUGCUGCCCGUAUGGAAAACGUUUUUGUAUCCGGACGCAAGGAGAGGCUCGCCUAAAGAUCAUUAAAACACAGAUUGCACCAAACCGGUUCAAGUUUUUAUCUGUGUGGAGUAAAAUUACUCCCCUGACGAGUGUGGACUAAUGAUGGCUUUAAUGGUUCACCUGAAGACGGUCGCUCACCUUCGGGGAAAAGGUGACAGGAUCGCCAAAGUUACAUUCAGAGGUCUGUCUUUCUACAGCCGGGUUGCAGAGAACUGUGAGGAGGUGGCACACUUUAAUGAGACAUUUCGAUGGCCCAUUGCCAGCAGGCUGGAUGGAAAUGAGAUGCUGGAGAUCCAAGUGUACAAUUACAGCAAAGUCUUUUCCAACAGACUGGUGGGGACUUUCUGUAUGGUGCUUCAGAAGGUGGCUGAGGAGGGACACUUAGAACUCACGGACACACUCAUCGACGAUAACAACACAUCAAUAAAGACCAGCAUUACCAUAGAGAUCAGAUACCAGUCUAUGGAUGGCACUGUGGGAGUGUGGAGCGACGGGGAGUUCCUAGAUGUUCCUGAUGACCGUGACGGCAUGUUUGCCUUUGAAACGGACAGCUUGCUGUCUGGACAAAGCCACAGUUCAGUGACGUCUCCUGGACGAUCCUUACAGGGAUCCAUACCAACUUUCAGGAAAGCGGGCAAGGGAGUUUUCUCAGCCAUGAAGCUCGGCAAGAUCAAGAGCUCUAAAGAUGACCACAGGAAAGGAGAUGAGCCGGCGGUCCUGGACAUGGAGGAUCUGGACAGGAAGGCGAUGCGUCUUGCUGGAUCACUGGACCCUGAUACCAUCUCUCUCGCCUCUGUCACUGCCGUCACCACUAACGUCUCCAAUAAGAGGUCAAAGCCAGAUAUUAAGAUGGAACCGAGCUCUGGACGACCAGUGGAUUAUCAGAUCAGCAUCACGGUGAUUGAGGCACGGCAGCUGAUAGGCCUUAACAUGGACCCGGUGGUGUGUGUUGAGAUUGGUGAUGAAAAGAAGUACACGUCUAUGAAGGAGUCCACCAACUGCCCAUACUACAAUGAGUAUUUUGUGUUUGACUUCCAUGUCCCUCCUGAUGUCAUGUUUGACAAGAUCAUCAAGCUCUCAGUUAUUCACUCUAAAAAUCUUCUUCGGAGUGGGACAUUGGUGGGAACGUUCAAGAUGGAUGUUGGGACUGUUUACUCUCAGCCUGAACAUCAAUUUUACCACAAGUGGGCCAUCCUGUCUGAUCCUGAUGACAUAACAGCGGGGUGUAAAGGAUAUAUAAAGUGUGACAUCGCUGUGGUCGGGAAGGGCGACAACAUCAAGACCCCACACAAGGCCAACGAGACUGAUGAAGACGAUAUAGAGGGGAACCUCCUGCUCCCAGAGGGAAUCCCAGCAGAGAGGCAGUGGGCAAGAUUUUAUGUGAAGAUCUACCGCGCCGAGGGACUUCCUAAAAUGAACACCAGCAUCAUGGCUAAUGUGAAGAAAGCCUUCAUUGGAGAGAACAGAGACCUGGUGGACCCCUACGUUCAAGUGCAGUUUGCUGGGCAGAAAGGGAAGACUUCAGUCCAGAAGAGCAGUUAUGAACCCAUCUGGAACGAGCAGGUCAUCUUCACUGAGCUGUUCCCUCCGCUCUGCAAACGCAUGAAGGUCCAGAUACGAGACUCAGAUAAGGUCAACGAUGUUGCCAUAGGAACCCACUUUAUUGACCUACGCAAGAUAUCAAAUGAUGGUGACAAAGGGUUCCUGCCCACCCUGGGCCCAGCUUGGGCCAACAUGUACGGUUCCACUCGUCAGUACACGCUGAUGGACGAGCACCAGGACCUGAAUGAGGGUCUUGGAGAAGGCGUGUCCUUCAGAGCCCGUCUCCUGCUCUCCAUCGCUGUGGAGAUCCUGGACACCACUUCACCUGAGAUCUUAAGUUCCACUGAGGUGCAGGGGGAGACUGUCUCUAACAUCUCAGAGAGCGCCACUGGGAAAAUAGAUGAGUUCUUCCUCUUUGGUUCCUUCCUGGAGGCCACCAUGAUCGACAGGAAGAUUGGUGACAAAGCGAUAAGUUUUGAAAUCACAAUAGGUAACUAUGGCAACCAGAUAGACGGUGUAAGCAAGCCUUCAUCAGCAAAAAAGAAGAAGAAGGAUGGGGAGAGUGAAGAAGAGGAGAACGAGCUCAUCCAGAACUCUAGCGAGGAUGAGGCAGACGAGGACGGGGACCUGGUCUCUGUCUCCUCCACUCCUCUAAUGAAGCCUGUCAUCACAGACAGGAAUUAUUUCCAUCUUCCCUACUUUGAAAAGAAACCAUGUGUCUACAUCAAAAGCUGGUGGCAGGACCAAAGAAGGCGACUUUACAACUCCAACAUGAUGGACAAGAUUGCUGACAAGCUGGAAGAAGGUUUGAAUGAUGUUCAGGAGAUCAUUAAGACGGAGAAGGCCUUUCCAGAGCGCCGACUCAGGGGAGUGCUGGAGGAGCUCAGCAUCGGCUGCAGUCGGUUUGUGACGCUGGCUAACAAGGAUGUGAAUCAGGCAGGCCGAACCAAACUGGAUCGAGAGCGGCUCAAGUCCUGCAUGAGAGAGAUGGACAGCAUGGGCCAGCAGUCCAAGCAGAUCAGGACUCAGGUGAAGAAAAACACAGUCAGAGACAAACUCAAGCUGGUGCAGAACUUCCUACAGAAGCUGCGUUUCCUGGCUGACGAGCCUCAGCACAGCAUCCCAGAUGUUUUCAUCUGGAUGAUGAGCAACAACAAGCGUAUCGCCUACGCCCGGAUUCCUUCCAAAGACAUUCUGUACUCCAUAGUGGAUGAGGAAACAGGAAAAGACUGCGGCAAAGUCAAAGCUGUCUUCCUCAAGCUGCCUGGUAAGAAGGGGUUCGGUCCUGCAGGAUGGACGGUUCAGGCUAAGCUGGAGUUGUAUCUAUGGCUUGGCCUCAACAAGCAAAGGAAGGACUUCCUCAAUGGUCUGCCUUGUGGUUUCGAAGAGAUUAAAGCCGCUAAAAUGGGCCCCGGUCUUCAGUCUGUCCCUCCUGUCAGCCUCGUCUACAACAUGAAGCAGGUGUUUCAGCUGAGAGCACACAUGUACCAGGCACGCAGUCUGUUUGCCGCUGACAGCAGUGGCCUUUCAGAUCCCUUUGCCCGGGUCUUCUUCUCCACGCACAGCCAAGUUACUGAGGUCUUAAGCGAGACUCUUUGCCCUACGUGGGACCAGCUGCUGGUGUUUGACGAUGUGGAGCUGUUUGGGGAGGCCAGCGAGCUGAGAGAUGACCCGCCCAUCAUUGUAGUUGAAAUCUAUGACCAGGACACUGUGGGCAAGGCAGAGUUCAUAGGUCGGACGUUUGCAAAGCCCACCAUCAAGAUGUGUGACGAGUACUACGGCCCCCCGAGGUUCCCACCACAGCUGGAGUACUACCAGGUUUACCGAGGGAACAGCACUGCCGGGGAACUGCUGGCUGCCUUUGAGCUGCUGCAGAUUGGCCAAGGAGGGAGGGCCGAUCUUCCUCCCCUUGAAGGGCCGACAGACUCAGAGCGUGGACCAAUUCUACCUGUGCCGUUGGGCAUUCGCCCAGUCCUGAGUCGCUACCGCAUCGAGGUUUUGUUCUGGGGCUUAAGGGACCUGAAGAGGAUUAACUUGGCUCAGGUGGAUCGGCCCCGUGUGGACAUAGAGUGUGCAGGUAGAGGUGUGCAAUCUGUCCUCAUCCAGAACUACAAGAAAAACCCCAACUUCAGCACCCUGGUUAAAUGGUUUGAGGUGGACCUUCCAGAGAAUGAGCUUCUACACCCUCCUCUCAACAUCCGGGUGGUGGACUGCCGGGCGUUUGGCCGUUACAUCUUGGUGGGGUCCCAUGCUGUCAGCAGCCUGAGACGUUUCAUCUACACAACCCCAGACAAGACCUCCAACAACUGGGCCACUGCAGCUAAGCUAAUGAAUGGCUACAUGGUCCUUACCAAUGGCGGCUCCCAGCCUCGCUCCUCACCCAGCCUUUCCUCCCGCACCUUCUCUCGCCCCGCAGGUGACAUCAUCAUCAACAUGGACACAGACCCUUCAGUUCGAAAGAUGGACACGGUGGUCAAGUUAGACGCUAUGUCUGACGCUGUUGUAAAAGUUGACAUGAGUGACAAAGAGAAAAGGAAGAAGAAGAAGAAAAAGAAGGGAGGAGUGGAAGAAGAGGAUGAGACAGAUGAGAGAGUGCUGGACUGGUGGUCCAAAUAUUUUGCUUCAAUAGAGACACUGAAGGAGACUCUCAGAGCCCAGGAAGCAGCUCAGGCUGAGGCAGAGGAGAGAGAGGACUUGGAGAUAGCUGCAGAGGCAGCAGAUAUCAAACCUGAUGACCUUCUUCUGAAAGGCUCCAAGACAAAGGAAAAGAGCAAAGAGAAGAAGAGCUCCAAGGACAAGAAGAAAGGUCAGGCUGCAGACAGCUCAGAGAAACGACCGGUUAAAGCAAAAGUGGAUGAGCUGUUGGUGUACAACAAGGAGCUGGAGAGUGAGUAUGGCAACUUUGAAGACUGGCUCCACACUUUCAAAUUGUACAGAGGAAAGGCCGGGGAUGACGACGAACAAGCUCUGGAUGACGACAGGAUCGUUGGCAGGUUCAAGGGAUCCUUAUGUAUGUACAAGCUACCUCUGUCCGAGGAGAUCACAAGGGAGGCAGGAUUUGAUCCUAAUAUGGGCAUGUUCCAGAACAUUCCACACAACGAUCCAAUCAACGUCCUUGUCCGUGUCUAUGUGGUCAGGGCUACAGAUCUUCAUCCUGCUGAUAUCAAUGGGAAGGCUGAUCCAUACGUUGUCAUCAAGUUGGGCAAAUCAGAGGUCAAAGACAAAGAGAACUACAUCUCCAAACAGCUCAAUCCUGUAUUUGGCAAAUCAUUCGAUAUCGAGGCCACUUUCCCCAUGGAGUCCAUGCUAACGGUGUCUGUGUACGACUGGGACCUGGUGGGCACCGAUGACCUGAUUGGAGAGACAAAGAUCGACUUGGAGAACCGUUUCUACAGCAAAUACAGAGCCACCUGCGGCAUUUCAUCCAACUAUUCUGUCCAUGGAUACAAUGUUUGGCGGGACCCUAUGAAGCCCAGUCAGAUCCUGAUGAAGCUCUGUAAGGAAGGCAAGAUCGAUGGACCUCAUUAUGGGCCAGGAGGCAAAGUCAAGGUGGCGAAUCGAAUCUUCCUGGGACCUACAGAGAUCGAGGAUGAAAAUGGUCUGAAGAAGCAGACUGAGGAGCAUUUGGCUCUGAAAGUGCUGAACCACUGGGAGGAGAUCCCCAGGGUGGGCUGCAAGCUCGUCCCUGAGCACGUGGAGACCAGACCCCUGCUGAACCCCGACAAACCCGGCAUCGAACAGGGACGCAUUGAGAUGUGGGUGGAUAUGUUUCCUAUGGACAUGCCUGCUCCUGGACCUGCAAUUGACGUAUCACCACGGAAACCAAAGAGAUAUGAGCUCAGGGUGAUUAUUUGGAAUACAGACGAAGUAAUACUGGAGGACGAUGAUUACUUCACUGGGGAAAAGUCCAGUGACAUAUUUGUCAGGGGCUGGCUGAAGGGGCAGCAGGAAGACAAGCAGGACACAGAUGUGCACUAUCACUCCCUGACUGGUGAGGGCAACUUUAACUGGCGCUUUGUCUUCCCCUUCGAUUACCUCAUGGCUGAGGAGAAGAUUGUCAUCUCAAAGAAAGAGUCCAUGUUCUCCUGGGAUGAGACUGAAUAUAAGAUCCCUCCCCGCCUCACGCUCCAGGUCUGGGACGCCGACCACUUCUCUGCUGAUGACUUCCUGGGUGCGAUUGAGUUGGACCUGAACCGCUUCCCUCGUGGCGCCAAGACAGCCAAGCAGUGUUCACUUGACAUGAUCCGAAAUGAGCAAGAGCUGCCCACCAUUUCCAUCUUCAAACAAAAGAGGGUGAAGGGCUGGUGGCCGUUUGUAGCCCGAGAUGAGAAUGAUGAGAUGGAGCUCACAGGCAAGGUAGAAGCUGAGCUUCAUCUGGUGACAGCAGAAGAGGCGGAGAAAAGUCCUGUCGGACUUGGACGAAAUGAGCCCGAUCCACUGGAGAAACCAAACCGCCCAGACACCACCUUCCUGUGGUUCCUGAGCCCGCUGAAAGCAAUCCGCUACCUGGUGUGCAACCGCUACAAGUGGCUGAUCAUCAAGAUCGUGGUGGCCCUGCUGCUGCUCAUCAUGCUGGGCCUUUUCCUCUAUAGCAUGCCGGGCUACCUUGUCAAGAAGCUGCUGGGGGCCUGAGAGGCUGCUGGGAGGACUGGGAGGGAGGUGGCCAGCCACAUAGAUGGGAAGAUGGAUAGGGGGAGACAAGUACGAGAAGUCUCCCUCAGUCUCACCCGCAGGAAGGGAGGCAGAGGGAGGAUCUGAUCGUCAUAAAACAGCUCGCCACCUUCCACCUUAGCUCUGAGGAGAGAGGCAGACCCUAACUGUCUGCUCCUCUAUCCAAUCUGCAGCCAGCCUAACAAAUCUAAUGCUCAGUAUCUGGACUCCAUCCUUGAACUGACUAAAAAGCAAUCAUUCACCACAAAGUAACCCCUUCUUCUUUUCAAGCAAUGUUACUCACAGCUUAUAAAGCUAAAUUGUGUCAGUGGUCAGACGAUUGCAUGGACGUUCAUUUCAAGUGAUGCUAUAAGAUCUCCCAUUACUGCUACAAUGUCUGCUGUUGAUUUUGGUAAAUAAAUAAAUUAACAAUGUUUUUGGUAACACUUAAUAAACCCCCUCCCCCUGUUUAGCAUUUGUAAGCACUAUACAUAGUUAGUUAAGCAGAUAUAACAACAUUUGUUGUACAGAAUUUUUUAACAAUUAUAACUUCUCCUGUGAAGACAUAUUUUAUAUUAUUUCGCCUGUGUUUUACUGUAUUUUCAUUCAUUAUCUGUACACCAAUCAGCCUCCAAUUUCGAGUGGAGACAAGAGGAGUUAUAGUUGUUCACAAAUUCAUUACUUAACACUUGUAUCUGCAUAACUGCAUUAUCAUUUAUUACAUCUUUAUAUACUGCUUAUAACUGCUGUGGAGGGGGGGGGGUUAAAGCAAAAUUGUACCUUUUUUUUAAACUAUUAUAGCUCUUGCGGUCUUUGCACACUUCAAGAAUAAUAAUGAAGAAACAAAAAUAAAGAUGUCUAUUUUCCUAAUGAAAUUCAAUGAGACACAGAACAAGUUGACUUCAAUAUUAGUUAAAUAAUGAAUAAGCGUUCUAAAGGGUUUAGUUCAACUACAAUGCUAAAUGUUUAAUCUCUUGGAUCAAAGCAACCAAACCAGACUUUGGUCAAACAUGAUUUGCAAAUAAUUAUAAUAAAACAAUGUUUUAUCCCAUUUUUAAAUUAUUAAUAUGCGGACCAGACUAUGAGCGUGUAAAUGCUCUUCAGUUCACUGUGCUACUGAUAAAACCCUCACAAGAGAUAGAUAGAUCAAACUAAUUAUUUGCAAAUAUAAUUUGACUGAGUCUGAUUUGAAAGUCCUCAAAAAUAACAAAUACUUCAAGGUUAUUACUGUUUUCUACCAAAAUGUAGACUUAUAUGUCAAUAUGCAUGCAUCAUUGUGAUAACUGACCGCAGAGGUCAUGUGUGUUGGCAUGACUUGUCUUUCCAGCUCGACACAAACCAAAUCACCAACCGUGUUAUCUUUAAUAUUACAGAUAAUGUGGAAAUAUGAUUAAAGUGCACUUGAGUUGAGUGGUAAAAGGGGGUCUUGGUUGAUUCUCAAACCUCUGGCCACAGCUUCGUGUCAGAUGCUGUUGUUUGCAGUGUCCAUUACUCAAUUUCAAAUUUGCCUGUGCUUGACCUCGUUUGUGUUGCAGUCUUUGUUUGUGAUUAUGUGUUUCACCAGUUAAUGUUUGCACUAAACUUGCCUGUUUUUACAAUGAAUUUCUGUUUAUAAAUCUGUUGAAAUGUGUGAAAUAUUUAUUAUCUGUCUGUUUUGGCAAUUUGAAAUAAACUGAAUU